AUGUUUAGAACUUACAAUGGUAUCCGCUUCUUCCGUGUCUUUUUGACGCUGUGGAUCACUUACGCCGCCUACACCAUGGUUCGUCGACCCCUGACUGUGGCACGUGCCGAUAUUCAACGGGAGACGGGGUUUACUUCGGCAGAAACAUCGCUUGUAGAUACGAUGUUUGUUUUUUCAUAUGCACUUGGGCAGUUUUUUUAUGGACGCCUAAAGGGUCGUUGUGGGAAUAAAGAAAUGUUAUUGCGUGGCAUUCUCUUGUCUAGCGCGGCCUUAGCAAUUCUGGGACUAUCAUCCAGGCUUCCGGCCUUUUGUGUGGCGUGGGCCAUAAACGGUAUUGCACAGGCAGCUGGAUGGGCCACAUGUAUUUCAAUAAUAAAUGUCUGGGUUUUUCCCAAAGAGCGUGGCCGAGUGAUGGGGUGGUGGUCAACAAACAUGGCGGCAGGAGGCGUGAUUGGAAAUGCCUUUGCGGCCUUUCUGAUUGGAAGGGGAUUAUCGUGGCGUACUGCUGUUGAGGCUGAAGUGGGGCUUCUUUUGGCAGUCGGUGGAGUGGUGUUGUUGGCACUUGUUGAGCACCCAAAUGCGGUUGGUUUCCCCUCGGUGCAGCAGGUUGAAGGAGGUGUGGAAUUUGCCAAGUUGUCGUUUGAUUGCAAUUCGGCCCCUCUGAGCAAAGACGGCGAAAUGUAUAUGAAUUCACCAAGAUCAACGAACUCUUCGCUUGAGGAAAACAUGAAUUUUCGGCACAAAGACUAUGAUGACCAUGAGGAACCCUUCUCCCCCACAUUUUUGAAUAUUAUUCAGCUCCCUGGUUUGUGUGGUAUCUGUGCAUCGUACUUUCUGUAUCAACUUGUGCGCUACGGAUUUAUGUUUUGGCUCCCAUAUUUUGCUGUACACGAAUUAAAUUAUACCACCGAGUUUGCGGGGUAUGUGACGUGUGCCUUUGAUGUUGGUGGGGUGGUAGGGAUUGUGGCAUCUGGGUACUUUUCUGACUGGAUGUUCCAUGGUGUUGGCAGAACGCGUGUCAUUUUGCUCCUCACUGUAGGUAUGGUGCUUGGGAGCUGUUGUCUUGCUGUCUUUUCUCGACAUUUUGUGGAAAACGCUCUUUUUUUCAUGGUGGCGGUCACCUUUGUUGGUUUUUUUGCCUUUGCUAUUGAUUCUUUGGUGUCGGGUUCUUUUUUGUUGGACCACCUGGAGCACAUUAAGAUGGUAAAGCAGGCGGGGGCAAUUAGUGGUGUGGUGGGCGGUGUCGGAUCGGCGGGGUCUACCUUUCAGGGAGUCUUCACCGCCGUGCUGAUCUCAAGAUCAUGGCCAACACUGUUUUACGGCUUUGGCGUGGCAGGUGCAUUGGCAGGCGUCUCUCUUAUUCGUCCGCUCCGCAGUGAGCUGCUACGAGCGCGCAAAAGGUCCGUGGUGUUUUGA